AUGUCGAUUCCUGUCUUCAAGCCAUUCAUGCGCGAUGGUGACCGUUACCUGACUGCCACUGAUGCUUUCUGUGUGGCUACAUAUGGCCACCGAGUAAUCACAACUCCCAACAUGAAAUUCAUUCCCCAACCCUUCGACAACGAAUCCGACAUCAUUCAAGCGCGCGCAGAUGGUAGAUAUUGGGCCCUGGAUCCCUGUUAA